CAGGCCAAUUCAUCCAAGGCUUCCUCUGGGGAAUCCAUAUCUUAAUUCAAAGGCUGCUCCAGUGCCCCCAAGCCCCAGUCCCUCUGCCCCUCCUUGGAAUGGAGCCGGUGCCACCCCCUCCGGUCUCUCACCUGAAUGGCAACUGGCACUACCAGUUCCGGAUCAUCCUCCUGGGGGAUUCCACCGUGGGCAAGUCCUCCCUGCUAAGGCGCUAUGCUGAGGGGUCCUUCAGCCCGGCUCCCUGCCCCACCGUGGGCGUGGAAUUCUACAGCAAGAUGAUGGAGCUGCCUCCGGGCAUCAAGGUGAAGCUGCAGCUUUGGGACACGGCCGGCCAGGAGAGAUUCAGAUGCAUCACCAGAUCUUUCUAUCGGAACGCUGUGGGAGUGCUGCUGGUGUUCGACAUGACCAACCGUAAGUCCUUCGAGCACAUCAUUGAGUGGUACCAUGAAGUGGCCGGCAUCCAGAUUAUGGAGAAGGUCAUCUUCCUCCUGAUUGGCCACAAAAGUGACUUGAAAUCAGACUGCAAAAUCUCCACCGAAGAGGCAGAGGGGCUGGCAGCCUCGCUGGGCAUCGGUUUCAUGGAAACAUCUGCCAAAAGCAACACCAAUGUAGACUUGGCCUUUGAGACCUUGACCAACACCAUCUAUGAGGCUCUGAAGAACAAGGAGAUCGAUCUGCAGGAAGGCUGGGACGGGGUGAAGGUGAUUCACAAGAAAACCUGCAACCCCCAGAAGAAGAGGCGAAAACCGCAAGAAAAAUGCCAGUGUUAACCCAGAAGUUAGGGACUAGGACCUGGCGUAGGGGAUCGAAUUGGUGGAGGAGGGGCUGGAUGAGCCGAUUCAUAAAUAAAUUAGAGAUGGGCCUGAGAUGUACGGUUGGAGGUUCAGGGGGACAGGAGUUCAGUUUAUCUCUAGGGAAAAUAAAAACCUCCAGGACUUGCUUUCACCCACAGUAGAUGAAUUCCAUCAGAAUAGUAAAAAGUGCACUACUGCCCCCUUUAGGUGGAGAACAGGGAAUCCAGAGAACACCGACUAGCUGCUCGAGGCAUUCCCUUGGUUCUUAGCAGGGGAAAUCCCUUUUAAUACACUGCAGCACUGGCUCUAAAACUUUUUAAUUUUUUUUAACUGAAUUUUAGGACUAGGAAAAUCUUUAGGUAUCUAGGAGUGCAGCUCUUAAAACAUACAUGAGAAUGCAUCAAAUACAUCGAACAAUUGAGCCAGUCAAUGGGGCCUCGAUCCUUAGCAGGGUCCCCGGAGUGGUACUGCAUUACAAGGGAUCAAAUCCAAAACUCCUUGCUUUAUUGAAACAUCUCAGAGACUUCAGCUUUACAAAGAAACCAUCGUGGCCUGAUUUUGGGUGCCUAAGGAACGUGGUGAGUGGAAGAAUUCUCAGGAUAUGAGGAAGCCAAUUAGAUGUUUCCAGAGGGUGGAAUUCAGUUGCAGUCCUCAGUGCAGAGGGGUGAGAGUCACCCCUUUGAAAAGGGGCAGUCUCAUGCUUAGGCACUCUUUUAAUUCAUUCAUUAAUUGUAGAAUAAAUUGCUCCGUUUCUAGUGUAACCCUAUGCUAUUUGGUCUAGACUGAGGAGGCCUUAGAAGUACAUUAUUAGUAUUCCACCAAGGUUGGGGCCCCAUUCUACCAUGUGCUAUACCAACAUAUAGUAAGAGACGGUCCCUGCCAAAAGGGGCUUGCAAUUUAAAUAGAUAAAGGGGUAAGAGGGGAAACUGAGGCAUAGAGCAAGGAUGUGACUGGUCCAAGCUCAUAGGCAGAGCUGGGAAAAGAAACUAUGUCUCCUGACUGUCCCACAGGUAUCCUAUCCAGUUGGCCACACACCCUUGGUGAUCAUGCUCCUAUGCUCAGUCUUAUGGCUUGACUGCAUUUGAACACUUAAAAAUUGCUAUGGUAAACUCCCAGGGACAGAUUCACCCCUCCCGUAUCCCUCUACAAUGCCAUAGAUUUCAAUGGCAUAGCCUGGAUCUAAACAAGAGUGACAUUAUGGGUACCAUCUUGCAUCUAGUUAGAAAAAUCCCAGUUCUGUUCCUCUCUAGCCAGGCAUGCUGCAUCUGUCAAAAAUCAAGCUGGCAUUAAACUCCCUAAAAUCCUGGCCCAUAGGAAAACUCUCGCUGACUAUGUAGCACCAGGAUUUAACGCCAGUGUAUUUGCAGGUGUCUGUUAUUGUUUGUGGGUGUGAAGCUGUGCUACCUAUAGACUAGUGCAACCCUGGUACUCACAUGUCUCCAGCUCAUAUGGAUUCUUCAUUACAAAUAAAUCAUUUCCUUUGUAUGAUUUGGUGCUUCCUUCAAGACUGGGGGUUAGGAUGGGAGAAAACUGUGCCAGCUUAUGCAGCAAAAGGCCUUCUGCUGAUGCGCUGCACUUCCGUGGCUCCAUUUUACCUGAGGAUCUUAACACCGUCAACAGUUUUUAACUAAUGAGGCCUCACCCCCUCCUCUGAAGGGUGGAAAUAUUACGUUCAUUUUAUAACUGGGCAAACUGAGGCACAGUAAAGUCAAGUGACUUGCUCAGAAGAGUGGCAAAGUCAGGAGUCCUGAUGCCUGGGCCACCUUCCCUACUCACUAGGCUGCACUUUAUCCCCCUUAAAGUAGUUUUAAACUUU